CGCCGGCGGUGGCGGCGCAGGCUGAGGAGAUGCGGCUCUCAGCGCCCGAGCGGGGCUAGAGGCGGCCGCCGCCGGUUCAUCUUUGGAAAGCCAGGCGAAGACCUCUGCUCUCUGUUUGGAUUACUUGAUUUACGAGACGCUGUCAGCGAGACUUGGAGUAUUCACGGCUGUGACCCUCCCCUCCCUGUUUCUGUACUUGUAUGUGUUGGUGGAAGUUUGAAGCUCUUUGGAGCUCUUGUUUACGUGGAAAAUUUGAGCCAUUUUGAAUCCAUUAAAGGUGCAGACGCUGCUAGCAAUGAGCUCCCAAAGCCAUCCAGAUGGACUUUCUGGCCGAGACCAGCCCGUGGAGCUGCUGAACCCUGCCCGCGUGAACCACAUGCCCAGUGCGGUGGACGUGGCCUCGGCACUGCCUCUGCAAGUGGCCCCCACGGCAGUGCCCAUGGACCUGCGCCUGGAUCACCAGUUUCCCCUGCCUGUGGCGGAGCCGGCGCUGCGGGAGCAGCAGCUGCAGCAGGAGCUCCUGGCACUGAAGCAGAAGCAGCAGAUCCAGCGGCAGAUCCUCAUUGCCGAGUUCCAGCGGCAGCACGAGCAGCUGUCCCGGCAGCACGAGGCCCAGCUGCACGAGCACAUGAAGCAGCAGCAGGAGAUGCUGGCCCUGAAGCACCAGCAGGAGCUCCUGGAGCACCAGCGCAAGCUGGAGAGGCAUCGCCAGGAGCAGGAGCUGGAGAAGCAGCACCGCGAGCAGAAGCUGCAGCAGCUCAAGAACAAGGAGAAGGGGAAAGAGAGUGCCGUGGCCAGCACCGAGGUCAAAAUGAAGCUGCAGGAGUUCGUGCUCAAUAAGAAGAAGGCGCUGGCCCACCGGAGCCUGAACCAGUGCAUUUCCAGUGACCCCCGCUACUGGUACGGGAAAACGCAGCACAGUUCUCUUGACCAGAGUUCUCCGCCCCAGAGCGGGGUGUCGGCCUCCUACAACCACCCGGUCCUAGGAAUGUAUGACGCCAAAGAUGACUUCCCUCUUAGGAAGACAGCUUCUGAACCCAACCUGAAAUUGAGGUCCAGGCUUAAGCAGAAAGUGGCUGAGAGACGGAGCAGCCCUCUCCUGCGCAGGAAAGAUGGGCCUGUGGUCACUGCUCUAAAAAAGCGUCCCUUGGAUGUCACAGACUCUGCGUGCAGCAGUGCCCCGGGGUCUGGGCCCAGCUCACCCAACAGCAGUUCCGGCAACGUCAGCACUGAGAAUGGCAUCGUGCCUGCUGUGCCCAGCGUCCCAGCCGAGACCAGCUUGGCGCACAGACUUGUGGCUCGAGAAGGCUCGGUUGCCCCACUCCCCCUCUAUACGUCGCCAUCUUUGCCCAACAUCACCUUGGGACUUCCUGCCACCGGCCCUGCUGCUGGUGCAGCGGGCCAGCAGGAGGCUGAGCGACUGGCUCUUCCUGCCCUCCAGCAGCGGAUCCCCCUCUUCCCUGGCACCCACCUCACCCCCUACCUGAGCGCCUCUCCUCUGGAGCGGGAUGGUGGGGCGGCUCACAACCCUCUUCUGCAGCACAUGGUCCUGCUGGAGCAGCCGUCUGCACAAACGUCCCUCGUCACAGGCCUGGGAACGCUGCCCCUCCACUCACAGCCCCUGGUUGGUACGGACCGGGUGUCCCCAUCCAUCCACAAGCUGCGGCAGCACCGCCCUUUGGGGCGCACACAGUCGGCACCACUGCCGCAGAACGCACAGGCGCUGCAGCACCUGGUGAUCCAGCAGCAGCACCAGCAGUUCCUGGAGAAGCACAAGCAGCAGUUCCAGCAGCAGCAGCUGCACAUGAGCAAGAUCAUCCCCAAGCCCAGCGAGCCGCCACGGCAGCCAGAGAGCCACCCCGAGGAGACAGAGGAGGAGCUCCGGGAGCACCAGGCCCUGCUGGAUGAGCCCUAUCUGGACCGGCUCCCAGGGCAGAAGGAGGCGCACACACUGGCCGGUGUGCAGGUGAAGCAGGAGCCCAUCGAGAGCGACGAGGAAGAGGCGGACCCCACUCGGGAGGCGGAGCCAGGCCAGCGCCCACCCACUGAGCAGGAGCUGCUCUUCAGACAGCAAGCCCUCCUGCUGGAGCAGCAGCGCAUCCACCAACUGAGGAGCUACCAGGCGUCCAUGGAGGCUGCCGGCGUCCCAGUGUCAUUCAGCGGCCACAGGCCUCUGUCCCGAGCACAGUCCUCCCCAGCGUCCGCCACCUUCCCUGUGUCUGUCCAGGAGCCCCCCACCAAGCCAAGGUUCACCACAGGCCUCGUGUACGACACCCUGAUGCUGAAACACCAGUGUGCCUGUGGGAACACCAACAGCCACCCUGAGCAUGCGGGGAGGAUCCAGAGCAUCUGGUCCCGCCUGCAGGAGACAGGCCUCCGCGGCAAGUGUGAGUGCGUCCGCGGCCGGAAGGCCACUCUGGAGGAGCUGCAGACGGUGCACUCCGAGGCCCAUGCCCUCCUGUACGGUACAAACCCUCUCAACAGGCAGAAGCUGGACAGCUCGCUGACCUCCGUGUUUGUCAGGCUCCCCUGUGGCGGUGUGGGGGUGGAUAGUGACACCAUAUGGAAUGAGGUGCACUCAUCAGGGGCAGCUCGUCUGGCCGUGGGCUGCGUGGUGGAGCUGGUCUUUAAGGUGGCCACUGGAGAGCUGAAGAACGGCUUUGCUGUGGUCCGCCCCCCAGGACACCAUGCCGAGGAGAGCACACCCAUGGGCUUCUGCUACUUCAACUCCGUGGCCGUGGCGGCCAGGCUGCUGCAGCAGAGGCUGAGUGUGAGCAAGAUCCUCAUUGUGGACUGGGACGUGCACCACGGGAAUGGGACCCAGCAGGCUUUCUACAGUGACCCUAGCGUCCUCUAUGUGUCCCUGCACCGCUAUGACGAUGGGAACUUCUUCCCAGGCAGCGGGGCACCUGAUGAGGUGGGCACAGGGCCAGGCGUGGGCUUUAAUGUCAACAUGGCUUUUACGGGUGGCCUCGACCCCCCCAUGGGAGACACAGAGUACCUGGCAGCCUUCAGGACUGUGGUCAUGCCGAUUGCAAGCGAGUUCGCCCCAGACAUGGUGCUGGUCUCAUCGGGCUUCGACGCUGUGGAGGGCCACCCCACGCCUCUCGGAGGGUACACGCUCUCUGCCAAGUGUUUCGGGUACCUGACGAAGCAGCUAAUGGGCCUGGCUGGUGGCCGGGUCGUGCUGGCCCUCGAGGGAGGCCAUGACCUGACGGCCAUCUGCGACGCCUCUGAAGCCUGUGUGUCUGCCUUGCUGGGAAACGAGCUAGAGCCUCUGCCAGAAAAGGUCUUGCAGCAGAGACCCAACGCCAACGCUGUCCGCUCCAUGGAGAAGGUCAUGGAGGUCCACAGCAAGUACUGGCGCUGCCUCCAGCGCCUGUCCUCCACCGUGGGGCGCUCUCUGAUCGAGGCUCAGAAGUGCGAGAACGAAGAAGCCGAGACAGUGACCGCCAUGGCCUCGCUGUCCGUGGGCGUGAAGCCCGCCGAGAAGAGGCCGGAAGAGGAGCCCAUGGAGGAGGAGCCGCCCCUGUAGCCGCAGAGCUGCUGUGCUCUCCUUCGUCUGUCUCGUCUUGAAGCUCAGCAAGAGACUUGCCCGUGUCACUGCAUCCUCCUGCAGCGCUCUCGCAGCGCAGGGCCACAAGGCGUGCAGCGGCAGCGGGAGGCCAUCUGGGUCUGGGCGCGUGCAAGGUGACCUGCAGCGUCACUGGACUCGGGCAGCGAGGAGCGGGCCAGACACGCGCCAGCCACGUGCACCCUGGCGUGCUAGGAGCCGCCAGGGAUAAGGCUGUGGCAGCCUGGGCAGAGUGGCCGGGUUAGUUGACACACAGAGAGAAAGCGGAAAUCAAAGACCUAACAGUACACGACACACUUGAUUAAAACUGGUGCUUAAGUUUGAUUCUCACCCACAAUCCCACAGUCUCCGUGUAGACACUCGGCUCAUCUUGUAGCUUUUUUUUAAGAGUAAGUUUUCUAUGGCUCUGGCCCACCUCACGGCCCGGUGGUGCACCACGGGGGCCGCAGGUGCCAGACAGAGUUGGACAAAUCUUUCAAGAAAAUAACUGGACAAAACAGAACCGUGAGCCUGGGCAUCGGCUUGAGCUUCUCAAAGCCAUCGGAAGAUGCGAGUUUGUGCCUUUUUUUUUAUUGUUCUGAUGGAUUUUUGUGGCUGGGUUUUCUGAGUCUGAGGAACAAUGCCUUAAGAAAAACAAACAGCAGGAGUUGGUGGGACCGUUUCCUGUGGGGUACAGCCUGGUGCUGGCCUGACGCUGUGAGGGCAGGUGGCACAUGCCGCCGAGGGCCGAGGGCCGUGGUCUGGCGGCCUUGUUUGGCUUUAUUGCUGUUUAAGGAAUCUGGAGGUAGUUCCAAAAAAGCGGCAAACACUGUUGGGGUUUUGAAGUCCAACAAAUUUUCAAUGAAUCCAAAGUGUUCUUUUUCUCAUACGUCAUGUAGCAAUUGAGCAUCUCCAUUCGGUUGUGAAGCAUGUCCUGGGCACACCUGCAGUGUCACGAUCGGAAUGCUUUUACUAAAAGCAGGUAGCAUGAAGUAUUGCUUAAAUUUUAGGUAUAAAUAAAUAUAUGCGUGUAUAAUAUAUAUUCCAAUGUACUCCAAGCUAAGAAACUUGAUUCUUAUGAGAUCUUGAUAAAAUAUUUAUAAUGCAUUUAUAGAAAAAGUAUAUAUAUAUAUAKAGAGAGAGAGAUAUAUAAAAUAAAUGCAGAUGGUGACAGUCCCUGGUGAAUGGAGGACCUGUGGCUGAGCUCCGAGGUGCUUAGGGGACGGUCUGGAUGAACCUCAUUUGGAGCCCCAGCUGGCCGGCUUUCGGGUCAGAUCACAGCUCACUCGUCCCUGGGCCUUUCCUGCCAGCGUGUACUUUAAUUUUAAUUAUUUUCUAACAGAGCCCCUCCCUCUUCAAGCCUCCAUGCACAUAUGUACCUAAUGAGUUUUUAUAGCAAAGAAUAUAAAUUUGCUGUUGAUUUUUUGUAUGAAUUUUUCACAAAAAGACCCUGGAUAAACAUUCUUUUGUGAAUUUUACAUUUUUCCUUACCAUUUAGUAGUUUUCCAAAUGGUGAUAAUGUCUAAAUAUUUUUUCUUUCUAAGUUCUUGCUUGUACUUUUCUUGACUUGGAGGUUUUUAUUGUGUGUUCUGUACCGUGGGCAGAGUCUGCGGCCACCAGCUGGCUGGCAGGAGGGGCUGAGGGCGGCACCCCGCGCCAGCUCUCCCCGGUUCUGCCCAGUUCUGCCCAGCAGCCAUACAGAAAGCCAGGCUCUGCCUGCAGCACUAGUAGUAUUACGGGGUGGUGCGUGCUCCCCGGGCAGGGACAGCCAGGGCAGGGCCGGGCCGGGCCGCUGCACCCGUGAAGCUGUCAGGGUGGAGCUUGGCUCCAGCUUUCCAAAGACCUUUGAGGCACAUUGGCCACUGUGGCUGGGAGCAGGCCCUGCCCCUGCAGUCCCUCUGUAGCCCUGCGGCCUGAGGGAGCCUGAGCUGGGGAACGGAGCCCUGUGCCUGCUGAGCUGUGGAGCAUUCAGGUCCCUGAAGGGCCACCAGCCUGUGUCUGUGCUCUUUUUCUGUGACAGUAACUGACAGUCACUUUUUACUGGUAACUUAUUUUCUAGCACUUGAAGCCACCAAUUUCAUUCCAAAGUGUGUCACAUUUGGACUCCUGGGAGGAAGUUCCUAUCUCAGAAGGGCUUCUGAGUGUGGUGAAGUUUACAGGGUAGACACGCAGCCAGACUGGACGGAGUGAGUGCAGAUCCUGAGACUCUGGGUCGCUUGGCUGCUGUUGGUCAGUGUGAGACAGUGCUUGGAGAGCAGGAAGCAGGGCAGAGAGGUCUUGGGACUCAUUGGCUCCCCCACUCCUUACUGGCCACUCUUUGUUCUGAAGCCCUCGGGGGCAGAAAGAGCUGGUCUGCAGGGCCCAGCGGCCCUUCUCCUUUUGUGGCACUGCAUGGUGACUGGGCCCAGCAGCCAGCCCUUCUGACCCCUGGGUCCACUCUCUGCACGCCCCAGGGGGCCCUGACAUCUGCCCUCUGCUGCCAGCGAGGCUUCUGGGGGGAUGCAGAGUCUCCCUGUCCUUGAGGUGAUGGGACAGCUGGGCUGGCUGGUGGCAGGUCAGCACUGGAGGGACUCACAGUCUCCUUCAGACGGAGUCGCCUCUGCCCAGAGCCUGGCCGUGCAGAAGCAGCACCAGGUAGCCUUUUAUUUGGAGACACACUUGGCCCCUCUCCGUGGCCAGCCCCCAGGGCAGAUGGCCGAGGGUCUGCCUGGGCCUCUGGGGCAGACCCCGGCAGGGAGGGCCCCUUUGUACAUGUUCCCUGUCUGGUCCUUGGACCUGCCGCCUUUUUCUUCCUCUGAGAGGCCUUGGGGGUCACUGGCCAGGAGCCCAUGAGAGCACUUUACAUCCCUUUAAGGGAAACCCCAAUCAGUGAGGCCACCGGAUGCCUGGGGCCACCUGCCCUUGGGGCUUCCAGCUGCGCCAUGACGUGCCCACGCCCCACCAGCAGGCCGCGCCCGCUGGGCCUGGCUGACCCCUGCAUCCCGGGGCUCUGGUACCUGAGGGCCACUUGUCAAAGUGUUUCAGUUUUUCUUUACUUUUAGAGUCUGUUUCCAGGAGGAAGGUCGUUUUGCAGUGGUUCAGCACAGAAGCGGGCCUGCAUCCUGCAGCGCAGCAGUGGACGUGUGUCCAUGCUCCGGCAGAGCCUGCCUUCCUUGCUGGUGACAGCCACGUGCUCAUUCCAUUCUUCUUUUGUAGACUUUGGGCCCGCGUGUUUUAUGGGCAUUGAUACAUAUAUAAAUAUAUAGAUAUAAAUAGAUGAAUAUAUUUUUUUAAGUUUCCUACACCUGGAAGUUGCAUGGACGGAACGCCAGCAUGUCCUACAUUGUAUACAGAUUUGCACGCCAAACUCGGCAGCUUGGGGAAGAAGAAAAAUGCCUUUUUGUUCCCCUCUCAUGACAUAGAAACCCUUCUGUAGAACAAAACAGAACCUUGCAGGAGAGGAGAGGGGAGUUUGAGUCUCGUUGAACUUAUUCUUAAAGAAAUUGUACUUUUUAUUGUAAGAAAAAUGAAAAGGACUACUUAAACAUUUGUCAUAUUAAGAAAAAAAGUUUACCUAGCACUUGUGACAUACCAAUAAUAGAGUUUAUUGUAUUUAUGUGGAAACAGUGUUUUUAGGCAAACUGCAGCUUCGGGGGAGGGGGGCUGCCCCCCCCCCCCCGCAUUUGGUUUGGAGGGAUUUUGUUCUGUUUUCUGUUGUUUCCUUUUCUUUCCUUCCACAGGCCAGGCGUGCACCGCCGCCACCGGCCAUGUGACCAUUUGUUCUGAUUGAGAACUGGGGUCUGAGGACCCCCUCUUGUGCACACGCCUGGCUGUUGUCACGGGUGGUGUGCGGCCUGAGCGGCACAGGCGCUGGGCCGGGAGGCGUUCCCCCAGCGCCGCGUGGCUGGUUGGCUCGGCCUCACCUUGACGUUGAUUAAAAGUCUCCUUCUCAAAGCAAGUGAGCAGUUCUGUUCUUUGGUGUGUGUGCUCCACGGUGCAGACACGAUUCUCCAGUUUGUGAGAAUGACAGACCUAAGUCAUAGAUCCACGCACAUCCACACGGAGGGGCCGAGCCGGUUCACCCAAGAGCCUUUCCCAGAUGUGGGUAAACAGGCGGGGCCUGCGUGGGCUCCACAGGCCACAGCCACCGCCAGCGCCUGCCACCGUUUCCUGACUGCCUGGACCUGCCCAGGCCCCUCUUGCUUGGUGGAGCAGGAGGCCUUGUUUUGGGAUUCUCAUCCUCACUCUGUUCUGUGUGGGUAAUUUUUCACGAGUGCAGUGUCCUGUAGCCCCAGUGCACCUGUCCCUCUUGUGGUGUAAAUAAAGUCUGCAUUGAU